GAGACAUCACUACAGCUUUGGGGGAAUCCACACAAACUUCUGAUAUAGGAGGAGCCCAAGUGUUUCAGGCAACCACACCUUGGAAAAUUAAGAAGCUCACCUUUGUAGUAGAAACUAAGCUGGAGGAAGAAAUGGUAGACAAUAGAUUCAGGCAGCCACAGAUCGUGGGGAGGCCACUACAAGAGCAUCUCCAACCUACUUGGAGUAGUACCCUAUCGUACUUUGCCUUUCCCACCAAAAUCAAUGUCGUCGCGAUCAAGCUAGGGUCUAUUUUGUUGAUCCAAUGCUUUGUUAAGCAUGAUUUCGAUGAUAAUAAACAUCCUAAUAUGGACUAA